AUGGAUAUAAGAAAACAAAUAAGGGAGACAGACGAUCAAGAUGAAGAAGACCUGAUAAUAAGAAGUCCGAGAAACGUAAUUUGCGGAAUAGAAUGCUCGAGAGGCUGCUUUAGCACAAAGUCGCAAGAGAAAUUAAUGACCGGGAGGAGCAAGCAGAACAUCGCAUGUAUCGAAAUUGGUGUAACAGUGAUUGUGCGAACUCAUACGAUCUUAUAUCAACCACAUUGUCGAACCACUUGCACAUUUCGAAUAGGAGACGAGAGAAAAUUUGGCUUGAAAUGA